UCACUCUCUCUGUGGUCGUCUCGUCUUCCACACCAUCACUUCCAUAGCCACAAGCUUCAGAUAAACCCUAACAAAACCCCAAAAAGACCUUCUCAGACAAACAGAAAAUCACAAAAUACCUCUUUUUGUGUCCUUCUUCCUUGCCGAUUCACGUUUCCUUUGUUUCCUUCUGUGUCUCUUCCUUUGUGUAUUACUAUAAACUAUACAAAAAAAGGUAAUAUGGAGCCAAGAGGUAUUUCAAUUCUUGCGGUCGAUUCGGAGAAGCCUCGAGCUAUUGCGAUUCCUGCGGCAAGAGCGGUGGCGGCUGAUGCGUUUCUUCUCACUCGCACUCUCUCUGGCACGUUUUCCUCUGCAGGUUCUGUUCCGAUUCGUGCACCUCUUACAAUUGAUGACGGUGAUGAUUCUGGUUCUGCAACCGAUGAACAUAACUCAGAUAUUAGUAACGCUAGUAAUUACAGUAGGGGAGUUGAUUCUGGGACUGAUGACGGAUUCGAGUCUGUUUCGGGUGAUGCAGACGAUGAGACUGAGUUAGAGGAUGUGAUUAUGGGUGGGGUUAGGGUUCACAGAGUUCUAGGGGAUAAUCCAGGUGGAGAAACUGGAGAUGGGAGUGAUUUUUCAGGUGGGAGUGUGAUUUAUAGACCAUUUGCAGGUGAUAUUGAGGAGGAAACGUCGUUGAAUUACUCUUCUUUGGAGGAGGAGAGUGAGAACAACAGUGAAGAUGUUGAUGGAGUUAGCGAGAGUGAAGUUAGUGAAGCCGAUGGAGUUAGCAUGAAAGCUAAAGUGGUCAUUCCUCGGGCCAUUUUGUCUUUGGAUGAUGAUGAAUUUGAUGAAAUUUUGGGUAGUGAUGAUGAAGGGGCUGCUUUGUUGCGUGUAACAAAGGCUCCAGGUGGUGAAGAAACCGAAGAUAGGACAUCGCAGUUUGGAGGUGUUGGAAUGGCUGAUGAACCAGAGUGUUCGGAUUCUGUGAUAGGUGAAUUCGUUUCCACAGAAGAAGAAGUGGUGAUGGACAAUACAGAUGAAUUGGAUAAUGGUUUGAAGUCGUUUGGGAAUACUGAUGAGCAGAGUCUUGGUGUUCCAACAGGAGGUGCUAAUGAUUUUAUCGUGGAAAAAGAAGGGAAUUCUACUGAGUCGGCCAUGGGAUUCGGUGGAAAUUCCAAGCAACUUGUUGAGCAUGAAGUUCAAAGAAGUAUCAUCAAUAAUGAUGGUGGUGGUAGCAUUCAUGAAGUUGACACAUUGAUGAAGCCAUGUGAUGUAGAAGGAGUGGACGAUAAUGCAGUUGAAUCAGGAAAAAUGGGAAGGGUUGAUAAACCAGAGUGCUCAGGUUCUGUUACAAGUGAAAUUGUUUCCACGGAUGAAGAUAUGGUGCAAGUAAAAAUUUCUGACAAUGGUUUGGUGUCCGUUGAGACUAGUCUAGGUGUUGCACCGGGAGAUUGUAACGAGUUUCUGGUGGAAAGUGAAGGAAACGUUGUUGAUGCGGAUAGAGGAUUAGAUGAAACUUUCAGCAAGGAGAGUGGUAACAGAACUGAUGAUAAUAGGUCUUGUGAAGCAGAUGAAUCGAUGAUUCCAGGUGAGGGGUCUAUUGGAAUAGGAAGAAAAGAAUCAGGGGAUGAAGUCACUGGAAAUAUGAUAGGCGAAUCAAAAGAACACUGUGAGAAUGAUUGUGGUGCUGUUAGCGAAUUAGAAAAAUCUGAAUGCAAGGGCGAACCUGAAAUUGGUUUGAGUUCUGAAACUUUUCAGUUGAGUCCAACUCUGAAUGCUGUAACGACGAGGAACCUUGAGGUCGAUGGAGGCAUAGAUGUUGUUGUAAGUGGGUGUGGUUCUUCUGACCAAAAAGCUGAACAAGAAGCUGAAAAUGAAGGAAAGCAAGAAUCGGAGGAUAUUAAUAGGAAGUUAUCACUUGCUGAUGAAGAUAGAGCACCAAGUUUAAGAAAUUCCUUUGAGACUGCCAGUGAGAGUCCGGAAAAGAGGGGCCAGAUUUUAGAACAGAUCAAUAAGCAAGUCUUUUUUCAGUCUGAUACUGAACCUAAUCAAAUCUCCAUAGAAGAAACGAGCUUGCUUUCAGUUAAAGAUGUUGAGAGAACCAUGCUUGAAAAUUCUUGUGUAACUACUUAUGCUGAAGUGGAAAAUGAGACGCAGAUGGCACGGCUGGUUAACAAUCACACUUUUAUGGGGAAAAACACUGAAUCCAAUUUUCAGAAUUGUUCUGAAGAAUUAUCCCCUGAUAAUUCUGUGCAGCUGAUAAGUGAGAAAGUGAAGGAAAGAGUCGAGAAGACCAAGCUCUUGAAAGAAAAGCUCCAGAGGAUUAUAAGAACAAUAGAUCUUGGCGGUGAAAAUUCAGCUGUUACUGAAGUUGAGUCUAAGCUGAGCCUAGCUGAUGGAGAACAUCAAACGUCUUUAGGGCUUGAUUACGUGUCCGACGGAACAAAGAUAAUGCUGCCUGAACAAGAGUUUCCAGAUGAUCUAGACUUCUCCAUUAAUGUCCUUGUUAUCGGGAAAACCGGGGUGGGAAAAAGUGCAACGGUUAAUUCUAUCUUUGGGGAGACUAAGUCUCCUGUUGGUGCAUUCCGAGUUACCACAAAGUCUGCAAAUUACGUAGUUGGGAAUGUAGGAGGAGUCCUGAUAAGAGUACUUGACACGCCAGGCCUCGUGUCUUCUGCAACUGAGGAACAGUAUAAUCAGGAUGUCCUAAUGUCGAUAAAGAAGAGCAUAAGAGCGUUCCCAGUUGAUGUCUUCCUUUUUAUUGACCGUCUAGACGAUAAUCCAGACAUCCAUUUACUUAGAAUCGUCACCAGUUCUCUGGGCUCAUCAAUAUGGCGAAACGCUAUCGUGGUCCUAACUCAUGCAGCUUCCGAUGUCCCAGAUUCUUCAAGCUGCAAAGACUUUAUUGCUCAGAGAUCUUCUCUUAUGCAUCAAUCAAUCAGACAAGCAGUUCCGGAGUUAGCGUAUGUAGACCAGAGCAAGAUGCCUGGAAUUGUUCUGGCAGAGAACAACAACUUGAGCUCUUUAUGUGGAAACAAAACCAGCGAAUCUACUUGCGUGGACUGGAGAUUGAACCUACUGAUACUAUGUUGCUCGGUUAAAAUCGGGUCAAAAGCGGAUUCUUUGCAAAAGCACAAGGCCAUUAUAGAAAAGGCCGGUGUUAUUGGUUCCCAGCGUCGGUCUUUCACUGUAUUCUGUUCUUUGUGGAAUGUGUUGCUUCUCGGGGCUAAUUCAGGACACGCUUCUCAUUCGCAAGAUGAUUUAGAGGAGAAGAAAAGACGUUUACUGGAUUCUUACCCUGAAAUCCUCUGGGACGAUCAGAGUCAGGAAAGUCUCGAGCCAGAAGACGAGGAGACAAGACAUGAAAACGGAAAUGUAAACAAGGGCUUGGAAAGAGGAACAGUUCAUGGUCGUGUGAGAACAAGAAGAGGAAGACUUGGAUUCCAAGCAACAAAAAGGUUUGGUAUCUAUCUCGAUACAUCUGAUUUGCACACAGGGUUUUCCAUUGGAAGCCGAGGCUGUAGAAAACACGAACAAGAAGAAGAAGAAGAAAGGAGGAUCUUGGUGAGGAUGAGAGGCUCGAUGUCUGUUUUAGGAUUGGUUCCUAUGUUUAUGUCUGUCUUCACCUGUGUCUAUGGUCGAAAAGAUAAUUAGAUUGCUCAAGUUAUAGAUUUUGUAACACAGCAUAUGUAAAAUAGCAUAAAGGCUUGGUUUAUGCGAUUGACCAUACAAAAAAAGUACUAAUUCUAAUUCUAAUGUUGCGGAGAUAAGCAACAUACAGUAGUAUUUCAAUUAUAAAGUUCAUU